UCCCACGUCGCUUUCCUCUGCAGUCUGCACCCCACUCCACUGUCUCGUCACCCUAGCCCAGUCCAGGGCGCGGGAAACCAAGCACAGUAAAAGCGACCCAGCAAAGGGAGCAGACCCUCCCGCGAUGGCCGCCACUGCCAGCGGCGGCGGCGGCGGCGCCCCGCCCUUCUCGAUCCGGGGCUUCGCGGCGCGGGCGCGCGCGGGGGCGGCGGACGAGGGCGACCGGUGCUGGCCGCUGGGCGGGGAGGCGGGCCCGCUGCCGCCCAUUGAGGUGCGCCGCUUCCGGUGGUGGGCGGACGAGGCGAGGCGGGCCAAGGAGGUGGUGGAGGAGGAGGAGGAGGAGGAGCGCCGGAAGGCCGCCAUGUGCCGCAAGCGCUCCGUCGUCGAGCUCUUCGCCGCCGUGCCGCGGGUCGCCCCCACCGACGACGGGAGGAGGGUCAGGAGGAAGGUCGACAAGGGGAAGCUGCCGGCCGGGGUUUUGCCCAGCAAGGACAAGGCCCCCUCUUCUGAGAACGCCGCCAGGAAAAAGGAGAAAAGUGGAAAUGUGAAAGUUGUCUCACUUAGCAUCUCUCAAUUAUUUCAAGAUGCCAUACAAAAAAGGAAGCUCAAAAAAUCUUCUAGCAAGAAAAAGAAAAAUCAAGAGGUCUCAGUUUUAUUGAACAAGAAAAUUGUAAAGGGAAGCAAGAAGUCAGUUUUGUCUAAUCAGAAGGUUAUCAAGAGCAGUAGCGAAGUUCAAACCAUUCUUAAGAAACACUUACGGACAGGAGAGGGUGUAUUUCUGAAAAAAUCUGAUGCUUGUCCAUCCAAAUCUUCUCUCAAAUCAAAACAUGUUACUUUUUCUGAUGCGGAUGACAUAUGUGAAUUGACUGCCUCCCAUCCUAGAGAUAACACAGAGCAAUCACAGGUAGUGCAGGCAUCCCAGCAAACUUUUCAGAGAGACAGUUCCCAGAGCAACAAGGAAGAGCCACAUUUGGUGCAUCGACGGAUUGAUGCUAUUUCAGAGACUGUUGAGCAGGAUAGCAGCUCUUUAUCUGAGAAGGUAGAUUCAUCUGGUGCCUCCCAUACUGUUCCACUUACCAAUUCAAAGGAGAAAACUAUGAUGAGCAAGUCCAUGGAUCUGAAUCAUUGCAUAGAGAUUUCCAAGAGGGGCAAUGUCAAUCGUCUGAGCUCCCCAGCUGCCUUAUCUAGUCAAGGGCUUGCUCAAAAGUUUGUUGACGUGGACUUUCCUGUGCAAGAGGGCCUUUAUCUUGGUAUUGGGCGUCAAGCUGAAGAAAACCGUCGGAUCAUACCACAAGGAUCAUCUGCUGCUGCUGGUUUAGCACACGACACAAGACCAGGGAAUUUCAUGAGAAUUCCGUUGCCACAGCCUUCAAGUUCCUGUUAUGUUGCUUCUCUCAGAGAAGCAUCUGAUAGGAACAGAAAAACAAUUCCUCAGGAAAGAUUGGUUGCUAACUGCCACUUGACAGAAGUUCAAUCUAGUGUUGUUAGAUCUGGUAAUGACAUGGUGAGCAGUAUAAAUACCUCAACAGGAUCAAGCAAAUCAACAGAUGCACAAGCUACAGAUUCUGUAUCUGCAUGCAGGAACAUAUCCUUCAGCGGCGGCUAUAUGGGUCUUCCUCUUAAUUCACAUGGUGAAUUCGUCAGGGUUCAACCUGGUGGUACCCUUAAUCCUGAUGAGCUGUUUAAAAGACAAUGCUUGGGGCAGGAUUCUCUGCAUCCUUCAACAUCUCCAACUUUUGUCACACCUAAUGCGUGCUUGGAUUAUUCCCAUUUAAGAAUCAACCAUCAAGGUCAAGCUCCGCCAUUUUUUACAGUUGCUAAUUUUGGUAUUCAGCCAGACACUCAUCUUAAUCCCAAAGUGCCAACUGCAUAUAGUAUGGGUUUCAGACAGUCUGCGAGUUCUCAAAGGAUGGAAGUUCAUAAUUAUGCAGUAUCCAGCAAUAACUAUUCAUGCAGCAACCAGCAAGCUAGUUCAGAGCAAUGUUCUUGCGCUCAAUGCCUGGGACAUGAUAAUCAACUGCAGAAGUCGCUCCAGAUGCAAAGCUGCUUCCCAAGACAGAAUUAUGAGCAGAACAUGCAACCUGCUGUUGAUACAACAAUGCGCCUCAUGGGCAAAACAGUUAAUCUUGGAACCAGCAGUAAACAAUGUGGAGGUCUAGAUAACUGGGGUCCAUGUUCCAGUAAACAAAUCAGAGCUGAAGAUCAUUACUUUCCAGGAAUGCGCACGCAAGCUUUUCCUCAAUUGUUUCUUGGAGGGUUGGUUGAUCUACGUACCAGAAUUGGGGUUUCAAAUGGAGGGAGAACACCAUCUGAAUAUGUAUCAUGUUUUUCUUCUGUUCCAGCAGCUGAGCAAGGGUCUGUACCAUAUUUUUCUUCUGUUCCAGGAGCUGAGCAAGGGUCUGUACCAUAUUUUUCUUCUGUUCCAGCAGCUGAGCAAGGGUCUGUACCAUAUUUUUCUUCUGUUCCAGCAGCUGUGCAAGGGCCUGGUUUCCGUGAAAGCAAUCACAGCCAGCAACCUCAACUGGCUGUGCCAAACAAGGCGUCUGUGCAACCAGUCAGCAGAUACAAUGAGGUUGGGCUAGUGCAUCAGCGACCAGCUGUGCAAGUUGGGCGGGUCCAGAGUACUGCUACUCAUCUACAACCUGGUGCUGUGGACUGCAGAGGCACUCCCAGUGUUCCAGCAAUGUCAUAUUACGAUCCAUGGAACAAGUUCAAAAACUUCGUGGAAACAACACCAAGGCCGCCUCAGUCUAGCUUUUUCCCUCGAAACAGCAGCAACAUGGCACAAAGGCCCCCAGCAGCACCUAUUAUGUCUGGUUACUCUGUUCAGAGCACUCCUGCUCUAACAACUCCGACAAAGUUUACCUCCCUCCGCCCAUUGCCCCCUUCAAUGGUGUCUUCCCAUGUUUACAGUAGCGAAGGUGCACAGCCUCAUGGAUCUACUCCAUUUCACCCACCAGCUCCCUUUUCUAGUCAACCAGGCAAAGUUAGCGCUCCAGGUGCGAUAAUAAAAGACAAGGGCAUGAAACAGGCUCCGAUAGGAUCAAAUCUUGAGAGCUCGAAACAAAUGGACAGAAGUUUCAAAAGGCCAGUAGGAAAGGACAAUGGUUUAUUGGCAUUACCAAAGAAACCUUCCAUAGCAGUAGUAGGAAAGAACCCAAAUCAGUCACCACUCCCGGAAAAAGGGAUAGAUCCAUGUGGAUCUACACCACAUCGACAACCUCAAUAUAUACCUGUUCGUCUCAGCACUGAACCUGAGAAGAAUCUUCGGGUUAUAAACAAUGAUACACCUACACGUACAGCAUGGACAGAGUCUGUCAAUAGCGUGGGAACAAGGCCUGUUCAGCUGAAAUCUGGAGCAAAGCACAUACUUCAGCCAUGUGCUAGUGCUAGCAUGGACCAAGAAGAUUCCUGGCCUGUGCAUUCGGUCGUACAGUUUGAAGUGGAGAAUAAUUCUUGCACAGUAGCAGGUUCAUCAAAGAAGAUUGAUUGAGUUUCGUUGAUGAAGCUGGGGAGCAACCCCCUUUAAUAAAAAAAUAAAGAAAAUCAAAGAAGACUGACCUGUGUUGAAAAUUGCAGAGUUUUACCACCAUUCUCCUGGUGGUUGAUUCAAGUCUUCUCAUCGCCAUCGGACUGGUUAAUGCUGAAGGAGAAUUCAUACCCAGUCCAACUUGAAACCAGAAAGAUGAGUUUAUGGAGGGAGCCCCUUCAUACUAGCUAAGCCCUUUCAUACUGUUCUUGCUGAACUAUGCUCGCAGUGAAUCUCCUGGCGCCUGCAUUCUGGUAAGAUGGUAAUCUCAGUGCUGGAACAGAUAGAAGUUUUCCAGCAUUGAAAGGGAAUAUCUGUAAUUUUUCCUCUUGUUAGUUUGCCAGUGGUGGAUUUGUGCUACACAGCGUCCCCCCAAUAAGGUUUUGCUCUGUUGUUGUAUUCCUACACGUAUGUUUUUGCUGACUGAGUUCUCCCGGCAAAUCAAUGAACGCUGUGAACUGUGUUCUUGCAAUGCACCCCAUGCAAGGGCAGCUGUUUAAAUUAA